CCUAAAUAUCAAUUUGAAUGCCAAAUGAUAUGUUAAAAGAUCCUGCAAGUUCUGUAUUCUUUGCAUUAUGGCAGCCAGAGCAUUACAGUGGACUUCAGCUUGAAUUGUGGGACGGUCCGGUUGUUUUUAAAGGACAACACAGUAACGACACGACAGUCAGGGUGUGUAGACUGUACACACUACACUGGAUACCACGCCUGGGGAAAUAGGCUACAUUGUUUAUCUUCACUUUAGGGGUGGGGCGUUUCUCUACAGGUGCGCUGCCUCAGCUCAGGUAGCCUACAAAGAAUAAAGCAUCACCCUCCCGUUAUACAAGUUUAAAGCAAGCAGCUGUAAUGUCCCCACCAUGGAGCUGAAAAGGUGUAUAGGAGGAUGCGUGACUCCAUUUCUGAUCGCCUUCCUAUUUGAUGUCCUCGGUCUGAUUCUGGUUUUUGUCGGCAUAUUCGCCAACGUGCGCAUCGGCGACCGCUUUUACGGCGACUUCUUGAUCUACUCCGGCUCUCUGAUCAUUUUCUUCAGCCUGGCCUUCUGGUUAAUGUGGUACGUGGGGAACGUCCAGGUGUCGGAGGACGACGAGGGCGGCUUGAAGAAGAGCAGCAGUAUCGUGCAGCUGGCCAGGAAACUAUCCGAGAGGUUAAGCCAGAAACUGAAAGGAGAGCCACGCGUAAAAUGUGUUGAGGAUGAUGAGGACGGCAGCCAGGUGGGACCGCACAAGGCCAGCCGGGUGACAUGGGGCCGGUCCACAGCAUACCACAAUAAAGGCUACGACGACUGCCUGGACUCCCCUUCUAUGGAGAAGAAAGUGGAGAUAGAACCAGAGGAAAAAACAGAGAUGUGAACGUCUACCUGAUGCCACGAAUGGGUACCUUAGUAUAAAAACAAAUAGUUUAAAAUGUGGCCAUGUCUGCUGUGAUACAUUUCAGAAAUCGGAGGUGUGCAUGAGCCUGCACAGUCAAUAUCAACAAUUCAUUUAUACAUUUAAAGUCAAUUUGAACGUUUUUUUUAUGUGGAGAACAUAUGUCUAUCUCUAUGAACAUCAGGAUUUAAAAUUAGGCUAUGACCAC